AUGUCUGCUGCUGAACAAGCUACUGCUCCUGCUGCUUCUGCUGCUCCUGCUGCUCCUGCUGCUGCUCCUGCUGCCGCCGCUGUGGCUCCUGCUGCUGCUCCCAAGAAGAACAACAAGAAGGAAAAGGCUCCUCAGUUCACCCUUAAGACCCCUAAGGGCACCAAGGAUUGGUCUGAUAAAGACAUGAUCCUGCGCUCUGCUGUUUUCGACACCCUGACCAAGGUUUUCAAGCGUCAUGGCGGUGUGACAAUCGAUACCCCGGUUUUUGAACUGCGCGAGAUUUUGUCCGGAAAGUACGGUGAAGACUCAAAGCUUAUUUACAACCUUGAAGAUCAAGGUGGUGAACUGACAUCGCUGCGUUACGAUUUGACUGUGCCCUUUGCACGCUUUGUCGCCAUGAAUGGCAUCCAACAAAUUAAGAGAUACCACAUUGCCAAGGUCUACAGACGCGACCAGCCUGCUAUGACCAAGGGCCGCAUGCGUGAAUUCUAUCAGUGCGAUUUUGAUAUCGCUGGUGACUACGAGUCCAUGGUCCCUGAUGCUGAGAUUCUUUCCAUUGCUGUUGAGGGUCUGACAGCCUUGAACAUUAAGGAUUUCACCAUAAAGGUUAACCACAGAAAGAUCCUGGACGGUAUUUUCCAAUUGUGUGGUGUCAAGGAUGAGGAUAUCAGAAAGGUCUCUUCUGCUGUGGAUAAGCUUGACAAACUUCCUUGGGAAGAGGUCAAGAAGGAGAUGGUGGUUGAUAAGAACCAGCCUGAAGAGGUUGCCGAUAAAAUUGGCGGGUAUGUUAGAAUAAAGGGUCACUUUAAGGAGGUUCUCGACAAGCUUUCUGGUGACGAACAUCUCAUGUCCAAUGCUUCUGCUGCUGCCGGUGUUAAAGAUAUGAUUGCCGCUUACGAAUACCUUACUGCCUUUAAUGUUGUUGACUACCUGUCUUUUGACUUGUCUUUGGCCCGUGGUCUCGACUAUUAUACCGGUCUUAUUUACGAAGCUGUGACAGCUGCUUCCGCUCCUCCCCCCAAGCCUGCCGGCGAAGCUACUGAAGCUGCUGCUUCUGGAAAAAAGGACAAGAAGAAGGCCAAGAAAAACCCUGAGCUCGAAGACGAUGACAACUCGGAGAAUGUGGGUGUUGGUUCCAUCAUGGCAGGUGGCCGAUACGAUAACCUAGUGGGCAUGUUUGCUGGCAGCUCAAAGAAGAACGCAUCAAUUCCAUGCGUUGGUGUUUCGUUUGGCAUUGAACGAUUGUUCAGCUUGAUCAAGGCCCGUGAGGGUCUUAUCGAUAAGGUCCGCCCAACUUCGACUCAGGUUUACGUGAUGGCAUUUGGUGGCGGUCCACAGUGGGACGGGUUCCUUAAGGAGCGCAUGGAGGUUGCCAAGGUCCUGUGGGAGGGUGGCAUCGAGACCGAGUUCUUGUACAAGACCAAGCCCAAGCCCCAGAAGCAGUUUGAGGCUGCCGAAAAGACUGGAUGCCCGUUCGCUGUUAUUCUUGGCCAGGAGGAGUUUGCCAACAAGGUUGUCAAGGUCAAGGAGCUUGGUCUCGGUGAGGACGCUGAUAAGGGUGUUGACGUGCCCCUUUCUGAAGCUGUUGAGUACAUCAAGAAGAAGCUUUCCGAGAAGCACAAUGGUCUUGACGAGGCUGUCAAGCUUCUUUCCAUGUAA